GGGAGGUCAGGGCGCGGGGCGGCGGCCGUUGCCGGCGGAGCAGAGCGGGGCCGAGCCGAGCUGAGCCGGGCCGGGUAGGCGGCCGGCCGGCAGGCAUGGAUUUAGGCGCGGUGCUGGAGGCCGUGGAGGGGCGCGGUGGCGCUGAGGCGGUGGAGCCGGUCCUGGUGCGGUACAACGAGGAGAAUCGGGCCAUUUUCAGAUUUGAUCCGGCAGAUGAAGACAAAAGAAAGAAACUAUGUGAGGGAAUUCUAAACAUCCUUGAAAAAGACACAAAAACUUCAUGUCAAGUUGCCUGCCUGGAGGCCCUCCGGAUUCUCUCCAGGGACAAGAAGGUUUUAGUGCCUGUAACCACGAAGAGGAACAUGCAGAUCCUUAUGAGGCUAGCAAAGCUGGACACUGUGGAAGAUCCUUUGGAGAGAGUGUCUGAAUUUCCUGUUAUAGUAGAAGCUUUAAAAUGCCUCUGUAACAUUAUUUUUAAUAGUCCUGUUGCACAGAAGCUCAGUUUGGAACUGAAUCUUGCGGCUAUGCUCUGCAAUCUUCUCGAAAAAUGCAAGGACCAACAGUUUGUUGAUGACAUUAAAUGCUUUGAUUUGCGUCUCCUCUUCCUCUUGUCGCUUCUGCACACAGAUAUCAGGUCGCAGUUGCGUCAGGAACUACAAGGAGUGCAAGUUUUGACUCAGGCUUUGGAAAGUUCCCUGAGUGUAAGAUGGACAGAAGAAUAUAAAGCAGCGGAAGAUCGUGACAGGCCUCCUUUAUCUUUGCAAGAUACAGAUUGUGCCAUUGAGGCACUAAAGGCUCUUUUUAAUGUAACACUUGACAGCUGGAAUGUCCACAGCAAGAAUGAAUCUCAUCAAUUUCGUUACAUGGCUGCCAUCCUUCGAUACUGCUUAUUAACCACGGGCCCUACUGAAGACAAAACUGAAGAGUUGCACAGCAAUGCAAUCAACCUCUUAAGCAAUGUUCCCGUUUCUUGCUUGGAUGUUCUUAUUAGUCCAUCAUCCCAAGAGGAAACAGAUAUAAAAUACAAUGGUAUGAAUAUGACAGCAAUUCAAAUUUUGCUGGAUUUCAUGGAGAAGAGAAUAGACAAGGGAAGCAGCUAUAGAGAAGGUCUAACUCCAGUUCUCAGUUUAUUAACUGAAUGCUGCCGAACUCAUAGGAAUAUCAGGAAGUUUAUCAAAGCUCAGGUAUUGCCUCCAUUAAGGGACGUAUCAAGUCGUCCAGAAGUUGGCACAACAGUGAGAAACAAGCUUGUGCGCCUUAUGACACACGUAGACCUUGGAGUAAAGCAAAUUGCAGCAGAAUUUCUUUUUGUUCUUUGUAAAGAGAGAGUUGACAGCCUGUUAAAAUAUACAGGCUAUGGUAACGCGGCAGGAUUGCUGGCAGCAAGGGGCCUGUUAGCAGGAGGAAGAGGAGAUCAUUGGUACUCAGAUGAUGAAGAUACAGAUACAGAAGAAUACAAAUCUGCAAAGCCAAACAUUAACCUCAUCACUGGUCACUUAGAAGAACCAAUGCCCAAUCCGAUGGAUGAAAUGACGGAAGAACAAAAAGAAUAUGAAGCUAUGAAGCUUGUCAACAUGUUUGAUAAACUUUCCAGGAAGAUUGAGACCGGAGAUAAACUAAGACCUGAAGACAAGUCAGUUGCUCUCUAUAGCAGUUACACACACAAAGUCCAAAUGGCGUUACUGUAGCAUAAGAGCCUUUUCAGUUUGGAGGAUUGGAGGCACCUGCUGGGUUGCCUGCUACAGACUGACAAUAACUAAGCAGCUGGUGCCCUGUGUCACUACUUAUCCUCUUGGCCAGUAGCAUUACUUUCACCUUGGGCUUUCUGUGUCACUUACAUCCACCUGCAGUUUCUUAGGCUGCAAACUCUUCAGGGCUGGGGCUCUUUUUGUUGUAAGGUUUUUGUUUGUUUGUUUUUCAGUAUAGCGAUUACUGUGUGACAGUGUUGUUGAUGUGACCCCUUUAGGUGCUGUAAUAACAUGAAUAAAAUCACUUGACUGUUCUUCCUACUCUUUUUGUUUUACCGAAAAUGGAGGGGGCGGGGAAUGCUGGCAGGAAGGAAAUAGAAAAUAAGACUUGGUUUUGGGAGGCUGUGGGAUGUUUUUAACGAAUGUAAUUGAGUGCAGUUGUGGGGUUUGCAGAUGUUAAAUAAAAUAGGAAGCUGCCAGUCUUGCAUACAAGAAGAAAGAGUUAGUAACAUGCUGAUAGUAGUGGAAGUCCCUCCAUGUUUUUGGAAUCAAACACUUCUGCUUCCAGCUUGAGCCCUUCAGUGCUGGGAGUUUUCAGAGACUUAAAGCUACCAGUGGAAUGCACUUUUUUUCCUUGGUUUGCAACCUACAAAUUUAAACUGGAGAUUGCUUUCAUAGGAGCCUUCAGUUGGUUCUGGGUUUUGAAUCUUGCUUUGAGACAGACUUCUGGUGGCAGGUUUCCUACUCCUGCUGGUCUUUGUUGUUGUCACCAUAGGAGGGGACAUAUACCAUGAAAUGAGCAGGUUCCAUUUGGUGCAGUGCCAACCAACAGCUCCUUCUUCUAAUCUUGAAAGAAUUUAUAUAAUUUUAUCUGUGUAACUUGAACAAGAGAUUGGAUGUACAGCAAAACUGGUUUGCUUAGCACACUUGUAUUGUCCCAGUCAUGGAAGCUAAGCUUUAAAAAGCUAGCAUGAUUUUACUGGAGAAAGGGAUGGAAAAAAAAAGUUGAAGGACUGACAAACUUGCUUCCCUUCCUGACUGAUAAGGAUAACCGGGCCAGUCUGUCACUGGGGUGUGCUAGAUUUGGCUUUGACUGGCUCUGUAUC